AUGGGAGUCAGGACGCAGCUAGAAGAUAUCCUUGCUCGGAAAGACGAUGAGACAUUGCUGCUUGAAUCUCGCGUACAAGCAUACAUCGCACGGACGUCCCUGCUCCAGACCCGUCUUCUGUCGACGCUCGACACGCUCGACGCCCAACAAGCGGCGCAUGCAAGAGAGCUCGCGGCGCUUGCGCGGGACAGAGAGCGACUCAAGGCGAAAGUUCAUCGGUAUGCGGAGGUCGUUAGGAUCAAAGAAGAGGAGAGGGAUGACAUGAGGGAUGCGGUGUUGAAGUUGAUCGAGAAAGUGGAGAUAUCGAACGAUUACAACAAGUGGCCGCACUCGCAGAUAUAUAUUUCUUCUCUCGCUGACGUUCCUCUCAAGCCCCGUCCCCUUCUGGCACACCGACCAGUAGCCCCUCCGGAUGCUGAAGACCUCCUCCAAUACACUGCGACCAUGCUGGAGGCCGUACGUCGGGAGCGAGAUUCGGAGAAGCAUGCUCAUGAACGAACACGCGAAGUACUCGAGGCGCAUAUUCUCACCCUUGAAGCCAAACUCAGCAGGCGGGACGCAGAAUUGGAAUCUUGUGUGGCUAGUGCUGGGCACGGGGCGUCACUCAGAGCAGCUAGUCCAACACUGAACAGCGCACACCCUGAGAGGAGAGCGGAUGACAGGCAUGAUAGCUGGAGUCAGGAGAGGCGGGAGAUCUCGAGCGAGGAAAUGAUUGGGAUGUUGGACGUCACUGCAGCGCGGAACAAGGUCCUGGAGGCUGAGAUCAAGAUCCUUGCGAGACGGUUGCACCAAGCUCGUGCAACAGCCGCGACAUUUACGCCAUCUACUACAACGUCGGAUUCAGCUUUCCCAAUUGCAUCUGGUCUUCCCAGAGCUUCCGGUCUCUCAUCCUCAGUACCACUACCCGCCUCGCGAUCUCAACGUCAUCGUCGACCUCGAAACCACCAACUACCCUCGAAUCGUCAUCCUUCUUCAUUCCGGGAUGACAACGAUGUUCUUACUACAAAUCCAACCCCACAAGAGCUGGAACAUCCUUUCAAGAUCCUCGAACGCCAGAUUCAGGAUCUGAGCACCAAGAUCGACGGAUUCGCGGAGGAGAGACGAAUGACAUUAGGAGAAUUGGGUCUUAAUGCCGGUUUUCUGCCUCAAGCAAGCGGGGAAAACAGCUGGACGGAGACACCAGCAAUCGAAGGACAGGUGGAACUCACGAACGAACCGCUCCAACAAACAGAAACUCCAGAAAGACCGCCAGGUAGACGCGACAUGAGGAGAAUGGAAGAGCCGAGACCUCCAGAUAACGACCGCAAUUACGACGAUGUCCUCCACGCCAGGCUGCGUCAACUUGAGGAAGAAUGCGAAAGACUCCGGUCUUCAGAAGCCCGUCUCCAAGACCACCUCCAUUUCUUGCAAAUUGCGGCUCAGAGAAGGGAAGACGAGCUCGAAGCGGAGGUAGAUGUUCUUCGACGGGCACUUGAGUUGCAAAUACCUGUUAACGAAAGGGUUGGAGCUGGGUCGGAGGUCGGCCAGGAGAUCCCUGCUCAACUGACACUUCCGUCACUUUCUACGCCGUCGCCAACACUGCAGCCACGACCCCCAUCAAGCGAUCUCCCACUCACGCAAUUGAAUCAGACAGGACAUGUCCGCGGCUCCACGCAAAUCCACCGGCAGUCAUUACCAUCAUCAGGUCCAUCAUCAUCAGUACCACCAUCACCAGCACCGACAAUAUCGCCGCAUCUGACGGUAGGCGCACCGCCAGACCCUAUUCAGCCUCGUCAGGGUUCGAAUCAGAGAGAUAAUCUCGCUCGCACCGCCGCUGGCAGCUAUCUCAGCCCACAAAGUGCAGCAUUUGCAUUUCCAGAAGACCAUCAACGCCUGUUGUACAACCAUCAGGAUGAACACCCACUUCCAGGCGAGUCUGAUCGCCCGCCUGUGGAUGCAUCUUGGAACGAGGCUGUCAUGGCGGAUAUGCAAGCAGACCGAGCGCUGGAACCACCUGCCAAUCUCGGUGCUAACGACUUACACCCCGCUUCAAACCUGGUUCGACGACGAUUUUAUGCUCAGGAUCUCCUCGAUGACCAGCUCAGCGAUGGCGAGAUAUCGAUGGAGCUUGCCACACCUUUGUUACCAGUCAGUGUCAUUUCGAUAUCUGACCAUCAGCCGCCUCCGCUCGUACCUCAAAUAGCGGAUUCAUCUCAGGCUCUGUCCUUAGCACCUGGGACAGGAGGAGCAGAAAGGCCGUUAUCGACUCUGUCGCCACCUCUGCCCAUCGACAGUGUAGAUGUUGACGACCGACAUGGUAUUGUGGAAGUCGACGAUCGGAUUGCUGACGAGAUUGACGAGGAGAAUGACGAUCAUGGCAUCGAACUCGACAUUCGAACCGACUACGAACAUGAUCGAGUGGAUCUACAACCCAGCCCCAACCCAAGCCUCAGCACAAGUGGCAGCAGCCCUUACUCCGUCACGGCUUCGAUGCCGCUGGACGAUCCGUUCAUCGUCCCUCGCUCCAUGCCGGGAUCAAUGCUAACGUCGACACCUCUACAUCCGAGCCAUCGAACCUAUCACCGUUCGCACUACAGCCAUCAUCAUUCAAAUCCAUUCGAUAUCCAUGCAGAUCACGAGCAUCUGGAUGAUGCGGACGGUCCGCCCGGGUACGAGUAUGAGCACUCGUUCGACGACACGCACCAUUCGUUCGACUUACGGUCGGACGAGGGCUCGCCAACGUUGUCGCAGAUGGUGCUCUCUGUGGCGGCUUCUGCGUCGUCGUCCGCGGGGCCGAGUUCAGGUGCUCGUUCAGGGACGCAUUCUGGGACAAAUCUUCCAGAUAGCAUGCGUUCGCCGGCUCAUUCCCUGGGUGUACUUCACCCGGCCCAAACGUCGGCAGUUAACACGAGGGCAAGGGUUAAUGCUGAGGAUCUGACGAGCGAACUAGAGAAGGUCGAGGGGGAGCUGUCGAGCACGCAGACGGAGCUUGAAAUGGGAGAGGAUGUCCUGGCGCAUUUGGAGGAUCUGGUUAGGGAGUUGAGGAUGGGCGAACGUGAAGAGGCGGAGGACGAGGGGCAGGCCAGGCCGCCUUGA